UCGCUGCGUGUCGCAUAUUCCGCCAGCGAUGACCAGCGGAGCGACGUAUGCUGCGGUCGCGGUCGCGCUGGGUGCUGGCCUCGCUGCCGCCGUCUUCUACCAGCGCACACGACGCCCGGCGCUCGAGGCCAUGCCCCACCAAGUGGGCGGCCACGCAUGCGAACAGACCAGCAUGAAGCUCUACGAUGGCCGCUUGCUCAAGCCUUUCCAGAGCAAGAACCGUGGCGAGCGCGAGUGGGCCUUUUACGUGGUCGCGCAGAACGACGCUGCGCUGCGCCCUUUCCUGCCCGCCUUUGACGGCGACGUCACGCUCUCUGGCCGCCGCUACAUCCAGCUCGAGAACCUCUUGCACGGCAUGACGCGCCCGUGCGUCAUGGACAUCAAGAUGGGCACCAAGUCAUACGAGCCGAACGCGUCGGCGGCCAAGGUCGAGGAAGAGUCCCGCAAGUUUCCGCUGCAAGCGACGGUCGGCUUCCGCCUCCAAGCCAUCAAGGUCUACGAUGACGUCGCAUCGGAGUACACGUCGUAUGACAAGUACCAUUGCCGCACGUUCCAGACGCUGGACGAGGUGCGUGCUGGGCUUGCGACCUUUUUUGCAUCGCCCGAGAUCCGUGCGGCAGUUGUACCCCAGAUUCUGGGCAAACUUGCCGCGCUCCAGACGUACUUUGACUCGAACGCGCGCUACCACUUUAUUGCGAGCUCGCUCCUCUUCGUGUACGACGCGGCGGCCCCCGGCACGCGCUGCGACGUGCGUCUCAUCGAUUUCGCGCACGUUCAAAUGGACGUCACAACGCGCGACGACGGCCUCUGCACGGGCUUGCGCAGUCUCACAUCGCUCUUCCAGUCGCUUCAAGCUUAGAUUCGUCGUGGUGCGACCGAUGGAACCCGUGUCUGCGAUUACCAAGCAGCCGCUUUGAAGAAUUAACACAAAAAGCAAUGACGUUGCAGGGUUC